UGUGUCCAGCCUUGGGCUGGUUGUGGUUUUUUUUUUUAAGAAUUUUUUUCCCCUUUCCUUCACUUGCGGCGCGGCGCACUCGAUCACGUAGCCUGACUAACAGUCACUCAGUCCACUCACUCGUUCACUCACACACACCUCCCUGUUGCUGGGUCCCCUUGGUACACUCACUACACACACCACCCAUGUGCUCCGUCACUCUUGUCACUCUUGUCACUCUCGUCUGCCAAGGCUAGUCGCAUUUGAAGCCAUGAAUGGCUGGAUUUCAUGAGCUUCGACGUCGCUGCUGGGCUGGGCCGUGUCAAAACGCUGGAGCGGAGCAUGUGUUUGUCGCCCAGGUUCCCUCCCAAAUUCCAUGACACAUAAUUACCCUAUGAAAAGCUUGACCAUCACGAGCUGGCAAGACAUUAUAACGCGACGUCCUGCUUGCUUGAUCUGCUGUGAAGGGAUGGAAGGUGAUACUUUUUAUAUAUCAGGAUUACAGACAUAGAACAGUGACCUUAUACUCCCCUUUCUACCUUCUCUCGUUGACUGUCAUCUACCGCCACUCUCGACGAUCGCUUCACCAGAAUCAUUCCCACCUUUUCCCAUACGGAACGAACUAAUACGGAAAAACGUCGCCCUUCCCGCACCUUCUGGAGAGCCCCAGUCGCACCCACAUCCCUCUCACUCACUCACUCUCGGCUGCAUCUCAUCUCGCAUCCAAAGCCCGCCGUUAAGCGCACACAGACACACACAGCCUGCAGCCGCACAUCACCCCCGCCGCCGACUUAGACGAGGGAGCAAAAAAACGGAAUCCCAAAAGGGCAACCAACCAACCCAGCAAAGGGAGUCAUAGUCAUCAUCGCAAUCGCAAUUCCGCAUUUCAUCAUUGCCCUCCCCCCCCCCCCUCGAACCUCAUCAGACCUCGACCUCGACCUCGACCUCGACCUCGACCGCGAUCGACAGAGUCCUCAUACACCUCGUUUUCUCUUAAACGAACCCUAAACCUCGCCUUUUCGCGAACGAGAGAGACGACAUCAUCAUUAUCCUCCAAUCCCACCCACACCCAAGACUAAGACCAAACCACUCCUGGCAUUGGCAGCACACCGCCAACACAAACGACAUCAACACCAACACCAAUACCAAGAACGCUCCGACAACACGAGGAGCGCCCAAAGCCACCCCGCAUCAUCCUGUCUGCCUCUUCCCGUUGCUUUGACCCUGUCGCAGUCGCAGUCGGGUCUCCUCUUUCCCAUCUCAAGCACAUACAGCACACAGCACACGCACAUAGCGGAAAGCUGAUCCCGCCCGCCACCACCGCAACCCAGCCAAAACAAGCUUCAUUCUUGGCUGCUCGACGCCAAAGAACCCCAAACGGGCAAAGGACAAAAACCCGCUCGCUGGACUGGACUGGACCUUGUGGGCACCCCCUACCACCACAUCACCUGGGCCUACUGCUUGCAAGGAUUCGAGAAUAGCUCUCGUUUUUUUUGUUUUCUUAACCACAAGCCCCCCUUCCCUCUCCCCACACUUGCGUCUUCCUCUCUGUCACCCUCAUCCAUCAGUCAAAGUACAAAGAGAAGAGAGGGCCCCAGGACAUCAUUGUCUCUUGAGACUGUCAUCACAUCAGCCCCAUCCCAUCACCACACACUACGUUUUACCCUCUUGUAUACCAGUCAUCCAUCAAGGAACGAUACAUACAUCAGCAGAUCUCUGCCGUGUACCGCACAUCAGCUCAUCACCCGCACUUACAUACGCAUACACACGCCUUUCCCCUCUCGGCCUCGCCUUUUCUACGGCCCCUCCGCCUACAAGGCCUUGCGCGAGCCCACACCAAGCUCGCCCAUCCUUCGGGAUCCGGCGAUUCGACUGAUUUCGGUGCUUGUCAUUCCUGAGAAGCCCAUAUUUCCCGCCCUGGAAGAAGAGGAAAAAAAGAGAACGUCACACCACCUCUUCUAUUUUGCGGUUCAUCCGCCCCCCUCACCACACCCCUCCCCUCCCUUUCUUCUCCCGCCCCCCUGUCUAAGGUCACCUCGCACAUCUUAGCCAAGGUUCAAAAGGAGGACGGCAUCCGAACACCCCAGCAGGUUCAGCUCUCUGUUUCCCCCAUUGAAAUCCGGGGAAGAAGCGCCACACACACACACACAUACACUCACACACACACUUACAUACACACACCGCAUCCAAUCAUGCCCCACCGCGUAGCAAACUUCCUGCGCAACUCGACCGAGAACUUCAGCGUCUCUGCCAUUGCAAACCUCAAGACCAUCCGCCACCAGUCAUCACAAAGUCAGCAACACAACAAGCACAGCAACUCCAACUCCAACUCCAACGGAAACAUCCAGGACCAGGGCCUGUUGCGCAGGCUGCCCCUCGACCGCCACUCAUCCUACUCCUCCGAUGACGGCGAGCACAUCCCCUACCACAACAUGUUCGCCGCCGAGCCCGUCGAGCACCUGAAGGAGAGGGAGAAGAAGCACCACCACCACCGCCUCUCGCUGCCCUUUGGCCGCUCCAGCAAGGACGCGCACGACAACUCGCACGCCAGCCUCGACUGGAAGAUCGAGAGCCCGCCCAUCGUCUUCUUUGGCGACGCCGAGACGUCGACCGGCGCCCUCGUGUCGGGCCAGAUGCGCCUCGACGUCAAGGACGAGCAGCUGCAGGUUGAGGGCUUCGAGGCCCGGCUCAACAUCCACGUCCAGCACAAGCGGCCCUUUGCAAACCACUGCCACGACUGCGCCAACCAGUACACCGAGCUCAAGCGCUGGACGUUCCUCACGCACCCGACGACGCUCAAGAAGGGCGUCCACCAGUUCCCCUUCUCCAUCCUGCUCGACGGCCACCUGCCGGCCUCCAUGGACACGCCCAUCACCUCCAUCGCCUACGAGUUCAAGGCCGAGGCGACGCUCGUCAAGGGCACGCCGGGCUCGCAGACGCCCAUCCGCUUCGAGCAGAACUUUGACGUCAAGCGCUCGCUGCUCCAGCCCGAGUUCCCGCACCACUCGGUCCGCGUCUUCCCGCCCACCAACAUCAAGGCCAGCGCCCACUACAACCAGGUCAUCCACCCGGCCGGCACGCACAACGUCUCGUUCCGCCUCGACGGCCUCACGAACGCCAACACCACCAACAAGACUGUCGAGUUCUGGAAGCUGAAGAAGGUCACCUGGAAGCUCGAGGAGACCAUCAAGACCGUCGCCCCGGCCUGCGACCGCCACGCGCCCGCCGGCACCCAGAGCAACCAGCAGAAGGGCGUCCCGCGCACCGAGACGCGCGUGCUCGGCGAGAAGUACAUGCACGACGGCUGGAAGUCGGACUACACCAACACCGACGGCCACGUCGAGUUCGAGUUCGACUACGGCGUCGUCGCCUCCAAGCACAGCCACGGCCCGCGCUACGCCUGCGACAUGAAGUCGCUCGACGGCACCGAGGUCACUCACGCCCUCAUGAUCGAGAUGGUCGUCUCCAAGGAGUGGGCGCCCGUCGGCAAGCCGCACCUCGCCACCCAGACCGGCACCGGCCGCAUCCUGCGCAUGCAUUACCACGUCAUGCUCACCGAGUGCCCCGGCCUCGGCGUCAGCUGGGACAACGAGGCGCCCCCCGUCUACCAGGACGUCCCGCCCUCGCCGCCCGCCUACCCGGACGAGGCUCCGCCCCCCAUUGACUACAUGAGCCUCGAGCACCUCGACGGACAGGCGCACAACGGUACGGCGCACAGCAGAGAGGGUUCCAUCACAUCGCCAUAAACCAGAGGCAAGAAAUAAUGAAAGAGAAGGAAAAUAUAGGACGAAGCAUAAUUCGAUAUAUACACAACAACUAAUCACCGGCAAAAGGGAAUUGGGAUAGGAAAGGAAACAAAAAGUUUUUGAUUUUUUCGGAGGGGGAUGAGAUGGGUUCUUUUUUUCUUUCUCUUUGGAAUUACGCGCAUUAUACCCCCUGGUUCACGAACCAGGCGCCUAUCUUGUUCAUUUUGUUUGUUUUAUGACAUAUUUUUACCAUUGAAGACUUAAUGUCUCAAUGCGUUUUGUUAUACUCUUUUUUUUUUUUGGAAAUUCUCACGUUUUAUGAAUCGACCAUGAAGAAGGACAACACGUGGUUUAUUUGCAUUGCAAGGCGUUUGAGUUGGGGAAAUUGGAAUGUGAGAGAGAGAACGAGAAGGAGAGAGAGAGACUCGGAAAUGAGCUGACGGAUGGACGACGGUGAUGAUCAACCGCCACUUCCCGUCGCAUUGGCUUCUCAGUAGCUAGCUCGUCAACUGAAGACACGAAAUUCUAAACGUAGAGAAUCCUACUCAAGA